CUAGGCUGCAGCUGCGCUGGGGCUGGGCUGCCGGGGCUCUGCAGUCCGCGUCUGGUGCGGGCGUCGCGGCCUCGGAGCCCGCGAAUCCGCGAGGCCGGGAUGAUGAACCAGACGAUCCCGGACCAGGAGCGGGCGCCGACGUCCGAGCCCGUGUGGCAGCGGCCCUGGUCGGUGGAGGAGAUCCGCAAGAGCAGCCAGAGCUGGUCGCUGGCGGCCGACGCGGGCCUACUACAGUUUCUACAGGAAUUUUCACAGCAGACUAUCUCUAGGACUCAUGAAAUCAAGAAACAAGUGGACGGACUAAUUCGGGAAACUAAAGCCACAGAUUGUCGCCUGCAUAAUGUCUUCAAUGACUUCCUUAUGCUGUCGAAUACCCAGUUCAUUGAGAAUCGUGUGUAUGAUGAAGAAGUGGAGGAACCAGUACCUAAGGCUGAGACAGAAAGACCGGAACAGGAGAAGACCCGAGAACAGAAAGAAGUAGACCUUAUUCCUAAAGUCCAGGAGGCUGUGAACUAUGGCUUACAAGUAUUGGACAGUGCAUUUGAGCAACUUGAUAUAAAAGCAGGAAACUCAGACUCUGAAGAAGAUGAUGCUAAUGAGCGUGUGGAACUGAUCCUUGAACCAAAGGAUUUGUACAUCGAUCGUCCUUUACCGUAUCUAAUUGGAUCAAAGCUGUUCAUGGAGCAAGAAGAUGUGGGUCUCGGAGAGCUGUCCAGUGAAGAAGGCUCUGUAGGCAGUGAUCGAGGCAGUAUUGUGGAUAGUGAAGAAGAGAAAGAGGAAGAGGAGUCAGAUGAAGAUUUUCCCAAUCACAGCGACAAUGAUCAAAACCAGCACAGGACACAAAUGAGUGAUGAAGAGGAUGAUGAUGGCUGUGACCUUUUUGCUGACUCUGAGAAGGAGGAGGAAGAUAUCGAGGAUGUUGAAGAAAGCACUAGACCAAAAAGAAGUGUACCGACGUUUGCUGACGAGCUGGCGGCCAGGAUCAAAGGGGACGGCGGGAGCCGAGUGGGACAGGAGCAGACAAGAGAAGCAAAACCUCAGAAGACACUGAAAGAGAAGAAGGAAAGAAGAACUCCAUCAGAUGAUGAGGAAGAUAAUUUAUUCGCACCCCCCAAGCUGACCGACGAAGACUUCUCACCAUUUGGCUCGAAAGGUGGCCUGUUCAGUGGAGGCAAGGGGCUUUUUGAUGAUGAUGAUGAGGAGAGUGACCUCUUCACGGAAGCCCCCCGCAAUCGGCAAGCUCACACCCCUGUUGGUGAAGAGUCUUCAUCCUCCAAACCUGGAAAGAAAAUUCCAGCAGGAGCUGUUUCUGUAUUUUUAGCAGACACUGAUGUGUUUGGUGCUACCUCUGCUCCAUCAUUGAAGGAAGCCCAGAAGCCUGAGCAGCCCCCGCCGGGAAAAAGCUCGUAUACCCCAGCUCCCUCGAGCCUCUUUGAUGAUGAUGAUGACGACGACGACUUUUUUGCAGCAUCCAGCAGCAAACCUUCCAAGACAGGCAAAGUCCAGUCCCCUGCUAAUAUCUUUGAUGAGGAGGAAGGAGAUCUGUUCAAAGAACAAGCAGGGUCAUUACCAGGAGCUACUGUGAGUCAGACAGAUGAAAACAAAGCAAGAGCAGAAAAAAAGGUUACCCUAUCUUCCAGCAAAAAUCUCAAGCUUUCGUCUGAAACGAAGACUCAAAAAGGUUUAUUUUCAGAUGAGGAGGAUUCUGAGCAGGAUUUGUUUUCUUCUCAAAACGCAAAUAAGUUAAAAGGUGCAUCCGUGCUGCCUAAUAAGCUCUCCACUUCGGUCUCCCUGUUCGAUGAUGAAGAUGAAGAGGAUAAUCUUUUUGGGACUACACCUGCCAAGGUGCAGACCUCAGCUCUACAGACUCAGAAUCAAGAGAAGCCAAAACCCUCUGAGCUCUCCCAAAAGAAAGCAUCUGCCUUACUGUUCAGCAGUGAUGAAGAGGACCAGUGGAAUAUUACUGAUUCACAGCCCAGCUCAUCAUCUAACAACAGAUCUAAAGGAGAACCCAGGGACUCUGGGACCACCCAGGGCCAGGAGGCCAAGGCUGUGAAAAAGACCAGUCUCUUUGAGGAAGACGAUGAGGAUGAUCUGUUUGCUAUUGCUAAGGACAGCCAAAAGAAGACCCAGAGAGUGUCACUCCUCUUUGAAGACGAUGCUGACAGUGGAGGCUCUCUGUUUGGAUCCCCACCCACAUCUGUUCCUCCUGUGACGACGACGACGACGACGACGAAAAGAGAAACGGUCCCUGAGGUACCACCUUUGCUGUUCAGUGAUGAGGAAGAGAAAGAAGCACCACUUGGAGUGAAACCUGUGGAUAAGAAGGUGGAGAGUGCCAAGGAAUCGGCAGAAUUCGGGAAAGCUGAUGUGGCCAACGAGUCAGAAAAGGAAGGACUUUUGACUAGAUCAACCAAGGAAGCAGUCAAGAGUUCUGAUUUAUUUUCUUCAUCAUCCCCAUUGGACAAAGGAACCAAGGGCAGAACCAAAACUGUUCUUAGCUUGUUUGAUGAGGAAGACGAUAAAACAGAAGAUCCAAGUAGCAUCCCAGCUCCACAGAAAGAAGUAGGAAAGGGCCACAAUCCUGAUGCCCGCCCCAAGAGCACAGGGGUCUUCCAGGAUGAAGAGCUCCUUUUCAGCCACAAGCUCCAAAAGGACAAUGACCCAGAUGUUGACCUUUUUGCCAGCACCAAAAAAACUAGGUUGUUAGAGCCGAGUGUUGGGAGCCUCUUUGGGGAUGAUGAAGAUGAAGAUCUUUUCAGCUCUGCCAAAUCCCAGCCUUUGGUUCCAGAAAAAAAGAAAGUAGCGAGAAAAGACCACUCUGUUUCCUCUUUCAAAACGCAGAAACAUCCUGAAUCCGCUCAAGGUAGCAAUGAAAAAAGCAUAUGGAAGCCGGAAACAUCCCAGGACUCGUCAGGUCUCGCUCCAUUUAAAACCAAAGAACCAUCCGCUCGGAUCGGGAAAAUACAAGCAAAUUUAGCGAUCAACCCAGCAGCCUUAUUGCCUACAGUGGCUCCCCAGAUCUCUGAAGCAAAGCCCGUUUCUUCACAAUUGGCUUCUCCUUCAUCUGAACCCGGAAGGAGCCAUGUUCUGGAAGGUGUGCCUGCCCUUUCUGGGAGUGGGGAAGCCGGCGUGAGUUUCGAUCUUCCAGCUCAGGCAGACACCUUACACAGUGCAAACAAGAGCCGUGUCAAAAUGCGAGGGAAACGCAGACCGCAGACUCGAGCAGCUAGGCGGCUGGCUGCCCAGGAGUCCAGUGACGCCUACAUGGGCAUCCCCAGAGGACCCGGUUCCCAGUUGGCAGAUGGGACUAUUUCGCCAAAUGGCUGCCAGCCACUGCCUAGAGCAGGCAGUGGAGAAGAUAGCUCUGAGGAGGCCGAGGCAGCUGCUGCCCCACCUUGGGAAGGCCGUCCUAUGUGUGGAGUGGACAGGAGCCCUUUUGCAAAGUAUCUGGAUCAUCCCAGAGGCGAAGUUGACCUUUUUGAUUCUGGGGACAUCUUUUCCAAGGCCACUGGCUCUCAUUCCACAGAGAGAACAAAAACCAAGGCAAAAGCAGCAGAGAACUUGGCCAACCUGCCAGGGGGAAAUAAAGAAAAGAGCGCCAUGUUCCCUGCUCUCGGAGAGGCAGGCAGCGAUGAUGAUCUCUUUCAGUCCGUUAAACCAAAACCCGCAAAGGAAACAAAUCCUUUCCCUCUCCUGGAAGAUGAGGACGAUCUCUUUACAGAUCAGAAAAGCAAGAAGAAAGAGUCAAAAUACAAUAGCCAGCAGGAUAUCGUAUCAAAAACUCAGGAUGUUUUUGAGGAUGAUAUAUUUGCUACAGAAGCAACUAAACCCUCUCAGAAAACAAGAGAAAAGGAGAGAACAUUGGAAUCUAACUUAUUUGAUGAUAACAUUGAUAUCUUUGCUGACCUAACUGUAAAACCAAAAGAAAAGUCCAAAAAGAAAGUGGAAGCCAAGUCUAUAUUUGAUGAUGAUAUGGAUGAUAUCUUCUCCUCUGGUGUCCAAGUUAAAACAAGCAAACCAAAAAGCCGGUCUACACAGGCAGCUCCUGAACCAAGAUCUGAACACAAGGUGUCUGACAUAUUUGAUGAUCCCCUGAACGCCUUUGGAGGCCAGUAGAGCAGUUCACGUCUCACCCUUCAGCUGCAUCCUUGAGUCAGUGAUGAUGUCUUCUAUACUCAUGGUCUUAACUGGAUUAAGAAAAGCAAAUACUAUCAAUAAUGCCUAGCUCACCUUUACCCAAUGUACUUAGUAUUUUUCUGCACUGAUUUUAAUCAUGCUUAAUACCAUAAAACAAAAAUAAAUGUUUCACAG